GUUAUGCGAUUUUGUGGCCGAGUUAGUCCUCCGUCUAGUCGGUCGUUUAGUACUCACUGUGCUACGAUAUUCCAGUCUAGAGAGGUAAACGCGGCUGUCGACCAUGGCGGAAGUGACGAGGGAGACGAUCCUGGACUACAUGCGGUCCAGGGGCGGCGUCGUAAAGAACGUGGACCUGGUCCGCCACUUCAGGAAGUACCUACAGCUCAGCGACCAACGCGCCAAAGACCAAGCAAGAGAGAAGUUCAAAGCUAGGGUCAACGAGGUAGCCUACAUCAAGGCUGAUAGCAAGGGUGAAAAGUACUUGUAUCUGAAAGCAGAGUACGCCACUACUACAGGCCAGUCAGCUUCUAGUGACAGGGGCUCCGCCCAUAUCACAGUCUCCACCAAACUAGACUCCGCCCACUCUCUGCUCUCCAAACGGGACUCUGCCUACUCAAUCUUGUCUGAUUCGUCGGGCUACAAUCAGGGAACUCCCAGCCCAAGACACACUACUUCAACAACCAACAGACAGACUCCACCGCGAGCAUCGCCUGCUCACACCUCCAGCUCUACUGCAGGACCAUCCCGCUAUCAAUCGGGACAGUCCAGUUACCAAUCAGGACAGGCGCGUAACUCUAGGGACCCGCCCGACUCCGCCCCUCUCUCUCUUCUCGGAGACUCUCUCCUCUCUGACUCCGCCUUCUCCUCGUUUCUCGGUGGGGGCUCUGUGGGCGGAAGCUCUUCAGCCACACACAAAACCACACCCACAACAGGUGGAGGCUCUUCAGCCACACCCAGAACGUCAACAGUACUGGGCGGAGGCUCUUCAGCCACACCCACUACUAACUCGAGCCCUAACAAAAGCCCUUCGGCCAAAGCCACACACACCACUCUAUCAGGAGGAGGCUCGCCAGCCACGCCCACUACUGGGAUUGGAGCCACACCCACCAGCGGUGCAGGCGACUCGUCGUUUGCCAGUGACAUAUUCGGAGCUAUAGGAGGAGGGUUCUGGAGCGAUUCAACUGUCACUAGUAGUGACACAAAGACUGCCAGUAAACCCUCUGCUCCUCCCACCACCUCCUCGUCCAGUGGUACUAGACGUCACUCCUCCUCUAACAGAGGUACAGUUCAGCACCAGGGCCUCUAUAAUACAGUGUAUGCAGCUCUAUACUACGCACACCUGUUUAAUAUAAGAGCUGCCCCGCAGCCUCCUCAGCGGAACUUGAACUACAUUAAAACCCACCCCUCCUCCUCCUCAUCGUCUGCUGCCCCUGGCUCGGGAGGCUCUGUCUUCAGUCCUCCUCCUAGAACCUCAACCACAGAGGGAAGCAGUCUGCUGUCUGAUCUGACCAGUGAACUUGCCUCUUUCGGGGAGCUCGGCAGUCUUCUCGAUUCGUUUGGUGAUUUCACUAAAAAGCCCGCCACAACGUCGACCCAGCCUCCCAGGUCCACGGCGCAGCCAAUGACAGACCGUACCGGUCCCCUGACUGGUUCGUCUGGUUCCUCAACGGACCGGUCCAGUGUGACACUGGUGGGAGAGACGAAAGCCACCGCGCCUCCCGCCUCAUCUCCUCCCUCCUCCACCUCACACAGCAGGGGGAGUCCUGCCAAAUCCCAAACAGCCGCAGGUGGUAUCACGGGGGUGAAGUUGACUCCGCCCCCUGCCCCCGGGAGUCCAAUGAGGGUCACUCGGAACCAGAGGACAGGGGGGUUGACCUCUGACCCCCCUCCCUCCCCCCUCUCUCGUCAUUAUGGCUCCCUGGAUGGGCAGGAGGGGUCUCCUCGUAUCAACAUUCACAGAGUCCACUCCCCCAAAUCAGACUCUCCGUCCAAUAAUGGGGGCGUGUCCCCACCUCAUCAAGUGGGCGGAGUCGGAGAUGCGAGGGGACGUCCAACCAAUUCUGGACUCCCUCCUCUCCCGCCCUCCGCUCUUGGACCGAACUCUGACCCCCGAAGAGUGUCUGCAGCCACCACCAACGGAGGGGUGGGUGUGGUUCUGAGACCACAGCCGCGGGACAGGACUCAGAGCUGGGUGAGGAAGUCGAGGAACCUAGACAAGACCGCUAACCUGGACUCUCUGACAAGAGCCUCAAUAAUGAUGACCCCGCCCUCCGUCCGUCGCAGCGGCUUCCACCAGGCUCAGGGCCCUUGUGGGAACGGCAUGUACGCCCACCCCGCCCCCAGCUCCAGCGGAGAAGAUUUGAGUCAGUACCAAGAGGGAGGGGACCAGGACGGCUCUCUCUCUGCCCCCAGUGAGGAGUACGAGGAACUCGAUCCUCUGGAGAAGGAGUGGAUGUUGGCCUGUGCCUCUGGAGAUCUGGAUACUCUCCUCAAUAUAAUCAUAAGAGACGACACUCUCAUCAAUCGCAAGGAUUUCCUACACGGAACGGCUCUUCACUGGGCAGCCAAGCUGGGCAGAUGUGACAUAAUGUCGGCUCUCAUCAUAAACGGAGCUUUCCCCGACAUCAAAUCUGGAGGGUUCACUGCCCUACAUCUGGCGUGUCAGGGAGGCUAUGACAAUGCCAUUGCCAUGUUGGUUAGGGACCAAGGGGCUAAUGUUAAUAUCAGAGACAAUAGUGGUCUUAAGCCAGUGGACAUGCUGAACUAUUCUUGCCCGGAGUCAAUCAGAGCCCUGCUGACAGACAGACAGACUGGCAUUAGAACAGUGCACCAUUCCUCAGAGUACCUCCCCUCAUUCAGCCAACCUCGUAAUAGACUCGGGAGUCUGACCAACAUGUGGACCUCCAUGCCAAACUCCCUGGAGGCCUCUGACGAUAAGGUAAAAGGCAAGAUGUCCAAAGGAAAAAGCGACGUAAAAGAUUGGAACUUUGACUUCACGGAAAUCCACCAGAAGAAGUCACGUGGUGUAAAGUCGGCGGAGGAGAGCAAUCCCCCAGGCUACUAUGCCACGGCUCCAAAACCAGAUGACUCGGCAGAUACAGGGCAGAACCUUGUGGCAAAGUUGGGGUGGUCGAUAGCUCUGGGGCCCUGGAAACAGCUGCCACUCAAUGCCUUUGUGAUGUGGAUGGCGGGCAACACCAUCUCCCUGUUCCCUAUCAUGAUGGUGGCGAUGAUGCUCAUCAGGCCGUUCCAGUCCAUCUUCAGCUACAAAGACGUGUUCCAGAAGCUAAGAGGCGACCAAGCUCUGUUCCAGAAAGCUGUCUACCUGCUGGGAAACGUGAUGGCGGUGGGUCUGGGUCUGUACAAGGUCAACAGCAUGGGCCUUCUCCCCACUGCCCAGUCUGACUGGCUGGAGUUCAUGGAGGACAGACAGACGAUAGCCAUGCCGAGACUGGAUUCCGACGUGAAGCUAGACUUCAAGGAUGUGUUGGUCCGCCCGAAACGGAGCACGCUCAAGAGCCGAGCAGAGGUGGACCUCCACAGAGAGUUCAUAUUCAGGAACUCCAAGAAGACGUUCAAUGGUGUUCCUGUCAUUGCCUCCAACAUGGACACUGUUGGUACAUUUGAAAUGGCCGCCGCUCUCUCAGAGUACCACAUGUUUACUACAGUACACAAACACUACUCUGGCGAGGAGUGGAAAGAGUUUGCUGCUCGCAAUCCAGCUGCUGUGAAACAUGUUGCAGUCAGCUCAGGCUCAGGCUCAGAAGACAUGAAAAAACUGAAACUCAUUGCCGAGGCCGUCCCUGAAAUCAGCUACAUCUGCCUUGACGUUGCCAACGGUUACUCAGAGCACUUUGUGGACUGUGUGCGGAAGGCGAGGAGAGACUUUCCAGAAUACACCAUCGUGGCGGGGAACGUGGUGACUGGAGAAAUGGUGGAGGAACUCUUACUGUCAGGAGCUGACAUCAUCAAAGUCGGGAUUGGACCUGGUCUUGUCUCGAUGAGAGAGUUUCUCUAUCAUCAUCUUUCCCUCUCCCUCGUCUCUCUCUCUCCCUCUCUCCCUCGUCUCUCUCUCUCCCGCCACUCAGGGUCAGUCUGUACCACGCGGAAGAAGACGGGAGUGGGUUACCCUCAACUCAGUGCCGUCAUGGAAUGUGCUGAUGCAGCACACGGUCUUCGAGGCCACAUCAUUUCCGAUGGAGGUUGUACAUGUCCUGGAGAUGUUGCCAAGGCAUUUGGUGCAGGAGCAGACUUUGUGAUGCUGGGAGGGAUGUUGGCUGGUCAUGAUCAGAGUGGCGGGGAGAUCAUCGAGAAGGAAGGGAAGAAAUACAAACUGUUCUAUGGCAUGAGCUCGACGACGGCCAUGAACAAAUACACCGGCGGAGUCAAGGAGUACCGGGCGUCGGAGGGUAAGACAGUCCAGGUGGAGUACAGAGGAGACGUGAAGGCCACAGCACAGGACAUCCUGGGAGGAGUGAGGUCAACCUGUACCUACGUCGGGGCCCAGAAACUGAAGGAACUGAGUCGAAGAACCACUUUCAUCAGAGUCACUCAGCAGCUCAACAACGUGUUCCAGUGACCACAGGAGGCCCUCUGAGCGCUGUCAGCAUUAUCAUUAGACCACUGCAUACUCUAUGACUAUAUGGGUGUUAUAUUAUUGAAAUCCAGAAUGAAACUU